UUUGGCAAGCUAAAUGGCACGCACACAAUUCCAAUUUACACAACCAAUGUUUCUUUAUUGGAUAUGUAUAACCUAUCUAUAAACUGAAAUCAACUGUAGUCCUUUGCAUCUAGUCCAUGUACAGGUUCCCGAUCUUGUUUCACCAUUCCCGCCAACCUAUGAUAGAACAAUUGACAUUGCGUCAGAGGUGAUCAUCAUGGAAUUAUUUAAGAAUUCUAAAAUGUGUUCUAAAAAUCACGGUACUCUUUAUAGCGACAAUAGUAAGUGAGAUCCACAUAAUUUAUUUUUCUUUCAUUCUAUUUUAUAAAGUCAAUAACGUAUCAUUAGCCUUGUCAAUAUAAUUGAAAAAACCGUGGAGACAUUGGUGAAAUACCAAUCAUCAGCGAGAUAAGUUUAAAAAUAAUAAUUCACCAACUAAGAUAUCGAAGACUACACGGCCUAGGCCGAAACUGGCCAAAAUAAUGCCCGAAAGAAAUCCGAAAAAGACUGACGACCUUCACGAGCAACACCAGCGACUCCUUGUGGACAACGACAGUUACCUGGUUGCCAUCCGAAAAAAGAAGGAACACCUUGCCAGUCUGGACACCAAGAUGAAGGCGAUGCAGACCAAGCUGUUGCAGAGAAAGAAGGAGAUGGGUGGUAGGAUCUGCACCCUCAAGAGACCUCUUCAUCAGAGGAAGCACAUCCGCAUCAUGGAGGACCGCGUAAACCAGGCUACUAAAAGCUUUGACAAGUUGCUGUGCAAGAACCAGGCAUUGCGUGAUGAGAUUGACCACCUGCGGCGCCAGAGGUGCUCCUUCGCCCUUAUGUACCAGCGUCUGAGCAGAGAGCUACAGUCCCAGCACAACGUCAUGGAAGACCUUGUGGAGAAGUCUGUCCUCGCCUACGACCAGAGGUCCGAGGCCCUGGCCCGCAUGCUAGCUGUGAGGGAGCGUAGAAAGAAGGACAGAUCUUUCUGCCACACUGAGAUGACUGAGCUGAAGAGGGUCAUCGACCACGAGUUCAAACUCCGCAGUUUCAUGGUCAAAAAGUCCAAGGAAAGUGUCCCCAUGGGCGAGGACGAAGAUGCCAAAAAGAGAAGGACCGAGCAGGCUCAGUGUGAGCGAAUGGGAGGAGAGAGUCUGGAGACGUACCAGGCUGUGCACCGGCUGCUCGUGGAGGUGAGCGGCGACAGCGACCUGCGUCAGAUCGGCAGGACGUUUGUGGAGAACGAGGAGAAGAGCUUUGCUUACUUCAACUACAUCAACGAGCUGAACAACAAUAGCACCAUGCUGAAGGACCGCAUCAACAAGCUCAGGACUGAGAUCCUGCGCUUUGAGCUGGAGAACAAGCAGUAUGAUCAACAGUGGCAGGGCCAGCUCAAGGAACUGGAGAGAGAGCUGGAGCAGCGUCGUGGCCUGGCCAAUAAUUUGGAGAGCCAGUACACUGUGGUUCUGAAGUUCUUGGACCAGCAUAAGACGGCCAUCGCCCACCUGUUUGACAAGAUGAAGUGUAACUCUGCUCCUAUCACUGGCAAGCUGGGCUGCAGCGCUCAGGUCACUGAUGACAACGUCACCCAGUUUAUUGGUAUCCUGGAGGAGGAGAUUCACCGGCUGUUGAUUAUCCUGUCCCAGUGCAGCUACAAGGAGGCUGAUGAGAUGGAGCUGCCCCCUCAGAACCCCCUGCUGGUCAGCUACAGCCUGCUGCCCGCCGUGACCCCCUCUGCCACAGAGGCCCCCUCCUUCGACGACAGCACCACCGAAACACUGUUGGGCCUGGGCAGCGAGCAGCCUCUGGACUUCCAGACCCUACGUGAGCGGGUGCUGCCCUGGGUGAUGCAUACUGAGCAGGGUAAGGUGCCCAAGGCCCCGUCCGCCCCCUUGAGAGGAAAGAAGAAGGUGGGCUUCAACCCCAAGUCUGCCUGAGCAGGAGCCUCUGACUCUCACAUGACAUGGUGCUCACAUACUGCGUUGUUUUAAUCUCAAUUAAACCAUUACAGCAUUUA